AUGCUUCUUGUAAGCAUGAUCAUUUCUGGAGCUUGUAACACUAUAGUUUAUAAGCUUUAAAAUUCGUUUGAAGUAGCUCCUGGCUAGAAAUUUAACCACCCAUUUAUGUAGUCUGUGACUAUGUUUUUUGGUGAAUUUAUUUGCAUUUUCAUGUUUUUGUACAUGAAAAAAUUUAAAAGAGAGCAAAUAGAAGAGGAAAAGAGAUAAGCUUAAUUGAAGGGAUUGAACACAAAAAUGAACUACUUUUUAUUAGCUAUACCAGCAUUUGCCGAUUUCUUAACUUCAAUAUUGCAUUACAUAGCGUUAAACUAUAUGGCUCCUUCUCUCUACUAAAUGUUAAGAGGUGGUGUUAUAUUAGUCACUGCAUUAUUUUCAGUUGUAUUCUUAAAGAGAAAGAUAUAUCUCCAUAACUACAUAGGAUGUGGAUUGGUUAUUAUAGGAAUCACUCUAGUUGGCUCAGUAAAUUACAUCUUCCCUAAAUCCUCAAACUCUGAUGAUGUUGAUCCAACUAUGGCAUUGAUUGCUAUAAUUCUUAUACUUAUCUCCUUAUUCACAAAUGGCAUUUUGUUUGUUUCUGAAGAAAAAUUGUUUUCUAAGUAUUAUCUUCAUCCUAUGUAAGUAGUUGGAACUGAAGGUAUUUGGGGUUUAUGCUUUUAUGCUAUUUUAUUACCAAUCUUAGCUUUAGUCCCAUGCUCAAAAGAUAGCUUAAAAGAUUUAUGCAUGGAAUAUAAUGGAAGCUAUCAUAUUGAAAACCCAGUGCAAUAUUUCUAAUAGUUUGCUGAUUUCCCUCUUUUAGGAUUCUAUAUCGUAUUAGGUGUUUUUACUAUUGCUUGCUUUAAUGUUUGUGGUGUAAGCAUCACUAAGCACAUUUCUUCCUUAGCCAGAUCAGUAGUAGAUGUUACAAGAACUGUAGCUGUUUGGAUUGUUGCUAUCAUAAUUACUUUGACAGCUGGAUAGGAUAAUAAAAAUUACUAAUGGGAAAAUGUAAAUGUAGGUCCAAUAAUUGUUGAGGCUAUUGGUUUCAUAAUUUUAGUUACUGGAAAUUUAAUUUAUAAUAAACUUAUUGUUCUUCCUUUUGCAAAAUCUCAAACAUACCUUGAAGAAAGACUUACAAAAGAAGAGAAUUUCAACAAAUCUACCAUUUUUGUAAAUCAAGAAUCAAAUAGAACAAGUUAAGAUAAUAAUUGA